CAGGAUAACAGCACAACCAGCCCGCGCUUCCCGCUGCCUCUGGCGGGGAAGGGAGGCGGCCCCGGCCCGCCCUGAGGGAAAGAAAGGCGAGGAAACACAGCGCAGGAGGGAGAGGAGGAGGAGCCGAGCCGCCUCUCUGACGGGAGAAGCAUCUGACAGGAGGGAGGGAGGGAGAGCAGGUGAAGCCUGCGAGGGAUGGAGACCGCCGGGGCCGCGACGUGGAGAGGAGGGGAGGAGGGCCAUUAAGCAGGGCGAGGCGAGGCGAGGCGGCGGCUUCUUUCGCGGCGACACCCGGAUCCAGGAGGAUGGGGAACGCGGACUCGAAGCUCAACUUCAGGAAGGCGGUGAUCCAGCUCACCACCAAGACCCAGCCUGUAGAGGCAACAGAUGAUGCCUUUUGGGACCAGUUCUGGGCAGAUACAGCUACUUCAGUCCAAGAUGUCUUUGCUCUAGUUCCUGCUGCAGAAAUCAGAGCUGUGAGGGAGGAAUCCCCUUCAAAUUUGGCUACUUUAUGUUAUAAGGCAGUGGAAAAACUGGUACAGGGAGCUGAGAGUGGCUGUCAUUCUGAGAAGGAAAAGCAAAUUGUUCUGAAUUGCAGCCGCCUCCUGACCCGUAUUCUACCCUAUAUUUUUGAAGAUCCUGACUGGAGAGGUUUCUUCUGGUCAACUGUUCCUGGGGCCGGACGAGGAGGGGGAGAUGAAGAUGAUGAAAAUGCUAGGCCAUUAGCUGAGUCACUGCUUUUAGCCAUUGCAGAUUUGCUGUUCUGCCCAGAAUUCACUGUUCAAAGUCAUCGAAAAAACAAUGUGGACACAGCUGAGGAUAUCCAUGCAAUUGAUAGCUGUGAAUACAUCUGGGAAGCUGGUGUUGGGUUUGCUCAUUCCCCACAACCAAACUACACCCAUGAUCUAAACAGGACAGAGCUUUUGAAACUCCUACUGACUUGUUUCUCAGAGGUCAUGUACCUACCCCCCUCCUCAGACAGUGGCAAUACUAAUCCUUGGGUCCAGUUCUUUUGCUCCACUGAGAACCGGCAUGCACUUCCACUGUUCACUUCCCUCUUGAACAUCGUCUGUGCUUAUGAUCCAGUGGGCUAUGGAAUUCCUUAUAACCACUUGUUGUUCUCGGACUAUCGUGAACCCUUAGUGGAGCAAGCUGCCCAAGUCCUGAUAGUUACGUUGGACUAUGACACUUCCACCAGCUCCAGUCCAACAGUAGAUGGCACUACAACUGGCACAGUCAUGGAUGACAUUGAUCCUCCAGGACCAGACAAUCUGUUUGUCAAUUACUUGUCCAGGAUACACAGAGAAGAGGAUUUCCAGUUCAUUCUGAAGGGAGUGGCCCGUCUUCUCUCCAACCCACUGCUCCAAACCUAUCUGCCAAAUUCGACCAAAAAGAUCCAGUUCCAUCAGGAACUUUUGGUUCUCUUCUGGAAACUAUGUGAUUUCAACAAGAAAUUUCUCUUCUUUGUGCUGAAGAGUAGUGAUGUCCUAGACAUCCUGGUGCCAAUUCUUUACUUCCUAAACGAUGCCAGAGCAGAUCAAUCACGAGUUGGUCUAAUGCAUAUUGGUGUCUUCAUUCUUUUGCUAUUGAGUGGGGAGAGGAAUUUUGGUGUUCGCCUGAACAAGCCGUAUUCUGUGCGAGUACCAAUGGAUAUCCCUGUGUUUACGGGGACACAUGCAGAUCUUCUUAUCAUUGUCUUUCACAAGAUUAUCACCAGUGGACAUCAGAGGCUGCAGCCCCUUUUUGACUGCCUUCUCACCAUUAUUGUGAAUGUGUCUCCAUACUUGAAGUCUCUUUCCAUGGUAGCUGCUAACAAAUUACUGCACUUGUUGGAAGCAUUUUCAACUACCUGGUUCCUCUUCUCCACUGUUCAGAACCACCACCUUGUCUUCUUUUUGCUAGAGGUUUUCAACAAUAUCAUCCAGUAUCAGUUUGAUGGGAACUCCAAUUUGGUAUAUGCCAUUAUCCGCAAGAGAAAUGUGUUCCAUCAGCUGGCUAAUCUGCCUACUGACUUGCAGUCUAUCCAAAAAGCUUUGCAACGCAAAAAGAAAGCCCCUGAACCUAUAUCUCGCACCAAUUCUCAAGAAGGAAUAUCAAUGGAAGGGUCACGACCCGCUGCACCUGCUGAGCCCGGGACACUGAAGGCUAGCCUAGUAGCAACUCCAGGCAUUGACAAACUCACUGAAAAAUCGCAGGUAUCAGAGGAUGGGACAAUGCGCUCGCUGGAACCAGAGUCUUCACAGUCUCCAGCAGAAGGCAGCCCUCCUGGCAUUAUCAGCGAUACUGAAUCGUGGAGUGGGGAGUUAUCCCAGCCCAAGAGGGAACGACGGCGCCUGUCCAGCGCAUCCAUAGCCGGACAGUGGAAUCCAACUCCUGAGUGGGUAGUAUCUUGGAAAUCAAAGCUGCCCCUGCAGACAAUCAUGAGGCUAUUACAAGUCUUGGUCCCCCAAGUAGAGAAGAUAUGCAUUGACAAGGGCCUCACAGAUGAAUCUGAGAUUCUGAAGUUCUUGCAGCACGGCACAUUGGUGGGUCUGCUUCCUGUUCCUCAUCCUAUCCUGAUUCGCAAAUACCAGGCAAACUCUGGUACUGCUAUGUGGUUCCGUACCUAUAUGUGGGGAGUUAUUUAUUUGAGGAAUGUGGAUCCUCCCAUCUGGUAUGACACAGAUGUGAAGCUGUUUGAAAUUCAGCGAGUCUAGAGUGGAAGAGAACGGGCACUUUGCCUCUGUUCAGAGGAAAACACUGGAAGCAAGAGUCUUGCUGAGCGCUUCUUCAUCACAGCUCUUCCUUCAUUUCACUGCCUGCUGAAUUAUCCAAAGGACAAUCACUUCCAUUUACUGACCUGCCACUUUAAAAACUGAGAGUCUCACUCUAACAAUCUUUUUUCCUGCCACCCAAGGGAUGUUGGUGGAAGUGUAUACAAGGAAAGGCAGCUUGAGUGGUUACACCAAAAGCCAGACUGUGUCUCACCAAGUCCUCCUUGGCCUUUUGCCUGCAAUUCUGAAUCUUUCAAUUUCCCAGUCAGAUUCAGCCUUGAAAUUUAAAAGACGUUGAAUGUAAAAGUUAUAAAAGUAGACCAAUGAAAAAGAAGCACUACUGUAGUAGGUAUUUCUGUGGUUCUUUUCCAAAGAAUGUAUCCUAACACCUCUCCAUGUUGCAGCUUCCCCUUGCUGCUAUCUUGCUUUACUGCACCUAGGGAGGUUGGGAUAAUAGCUUCAUUUAUUAAGUGUGUGUGGUAUUCUAUUUAUUUAAGUCACUUCAGGUCAGUCUUGUAGGUUUGCGCUUCCUCUCCCUACCACUGAAAAUCUGCUUAACUACUUUGUACUGAUACUGUCAAAACCAAAUUUUCCUUCCUUUCCUUCUUCCUUCCUAGCCUUGGAGGUGCUUCUUUUAAAGACGGGUCUGUGUCAAUGUAUCACAGAUUUUCAAAGCUGCAUUUAAGGUGGGAAAUGUUGUUGGAAAAGAUAUUCUCAUGUGGGACACUUAAAGGAGGUUGUGUAUUUUUCAGGAAUUAGAGAAAAAACGGUUGUAUUGAAAAACAAUAGGCCAGAUAGGCUGGAAUUGAAUUUAUUUCUUUUAUGACAUUGCAUAGUGUGGUUUAUAUUAUUUAUGGUUCCCUGUAACAGAUUCAAUGCAAGACAUAUCAGGGAAUUUCCCACUACCAGAGUAUAUGAGGGAUUGGUUAAGGCUGAUCAACAGAAUUCAUAUCUUAGAGCAGUGGUUCUCGACUUAUGGGUCCCCAGAUGUUUUGGCCUUCAACUCCCAGAAAUCCUAAUAGCUGGUAAACUGCCUGGGAUUUCUGGGAGUUGUAGGCCAAAACUUCUGUGGAUCCACAGGUUGAGGACCACUGUCUUAGAGUAUAAGCCUAAAAUACAGACCACGGGUUAAUAUUCUUAGUCAACAUAUAUUUAUAUGUUUUUUCCCAGAUGGAUCUGAAAAGAUUCAAGGCCCACAGUUUAGAAACCCAUACUAUCCUUGUUCAUCAUCAUGUGCAAGUUUGUUUUGCAUGUGUCACCAUUCUGCUAGUUCUUAGUGAUUUUCAGAUCUUGAAGACCAUUUAUUGGUUAUCUUCUUCAAAAAAUUGCCAUAAUUUAAUCUGAGGCUAAACAAUAAUAGCUGUUAUCAUAAAAACUAUAAGUCGGUUUGAUAAAUUUAAUAUCAGUGCAGUUUUUUUGUUCAGGAACAGAAUAUAUAUCUUAUGUUGUUACUGAAAAACUGGGCAGAUUAUAGACACCUAAGACAAAAUCCAGAAAAGUGAGUCAAAUGAAAGAAUAAACCAAAAGACCAUUGUGUCUCCUAUUUGCUUUGAAGUCUGUAUGAUUCUUGGGAUACUUUUGGUCUUUCAAAUGUGAUUUGGUAGUGGGAAUCUGUAUACUUCAUGGCGGGGGAAGGUUCUUUUGAUUAAUCACUGAUCCAUCGUUUCCUCUCUCGCACACAUACUGUGACCUUCUCCACCUCCUUAGUUGGAUUUUAUUUUUCAUGUUAAUUUAACUUGACUUCUGCAUUCUUUGGUGUUGCAGGUCGGCUCUUCAUUCAAUGAAAAAUCAGAAUUGCACUGUAAACUGUUUGCUUUACACAUAGAGAUAAAAUUAUUGAAACAUU